AGAAGAAGAAGAACAGCUUCCGACAGUUUGUUUUGAGAGUAAACAGCGAAACGAAGGGCUGCGGUACUCUGCCACUAAUUUCCGCAUUUUAAUGUCAAAAUGGGGGCUUGUUUGGCGUUGUGCUCUUUAGCCAGCUGUGCCUCCUGCCUGUGUGGCUCAGCACCAUGCCUUCUGUGUGGCUGCUGUCCCUCCUCCAACAACUCCACCAUCACACGGCUGGUUUUCUCCUUCUUUCUGCUGCUGGGUACCAUGGUGUCUGUCAUCAUGAUCCUUCCUGGAAUGGAGACGCAGCUCCGUAAAAUCCCAGGAUUUUGCCAGGGAGGAAGCUCGAUACCUGGUUUUGAAAACCAGGUUAAUUGUGACGUCAUUGUGGGCUACAAGUCUGUGUAUCGAAUGUGCUUCGCCAUGACUUGUUUCUUCUUUCUGUUCUUCACCAUCAUGAUUCGUGUCCGUAGCAGCAAAGACCCACGUGCAGCUAUUCAGAAUGGGUUCUGGUUCUUUAAAUUUCUCAUCCUGGUUGGGAUAACAGUGGGAGCUUUUUUCAUCCCUGACGGAACCUUUCAUUCUGUGUGGUUUUACUUUGGAGUAGUGGGAUCCUUCAUCUUCAUUCUAAUCCAGCUUAUUCUUCUCAUCGACUUUGCCCAUUCCUGGAACAAGGUGUGGGUAGAAAAUGCUGAAAAUAGCGACAACAAAUGCUGGUUUGCAGGCCUGCUGUCCUUCACCUUCCUCCACUACGCGCUGGCUAUCACGGCUGUGGUGCUUUUCUACGUUUACUACACACAACCGGACGACUGCACAGAGCAUAAGGUCUUCAUCAGUCUCAACCUUAUCUUCUGUGUCAUCAUCUCCAUCGUCUCCAUCCUGCCCAAGAUACAGGAAGCCCAGCCACACUCCGGUUUGCUCCAGGCUUCACUCAUCUCCCUCUACACCAUGUAUGUCACUUGGUCUGCAAUGACCAACAAUCCAAAUCGAAAGUGUAACCCGAGCCUGUUGAGUCUCGUGUCAAACGUCACCACCAGUGAACCAUCUGGUGACGGCAACCCAGAACAGGUCCAGUGGUGGGACGCUCAGGGGAUCGUUGGUUUGAUCAUCUUUCUCUUCUGCACUCUCUACGCCAGUAUCCGUUCAUCCAGUAACGCUCAGGUGAACAAGCUGAUGCAGACGGAGGAGGGCGGAGGGUCGGGUGGAGAGGGCGUGGUGGGAGAGGACGGCAUACGCAGGGCCGUGGACGAUGAGGACGAGAAAGUCUCUUACAGCUACUCCUUUUUCCACUUCCACCUCUGCCUGGCUUCUCUCUACAUCAUGAUGACCCUCACCAACUGGUACCAACCAGACACCACCACCCAGAACAUGCAGAGCAGCAUGCCAGCUGUGUGGGUGAAGAUGAGCUCCAGCUGGCUGGGCCUGGGGCUCUACCUCUGGACCCUCAUCGCCCCGUUCAUCUUCCCUGAUAGGGAUUUCAACUGAGUACGCCUUGUCUUUGAGCUGUAUUUGUUUUUUUGUUUUCUUGCCUGGUGUAUAAGGCAGUGUGAAGGAUGCUAUGAAGGGAAAUUUGAAGGAUGUUAUGAAGGAAAUACAUUUAAUUUAUUUUUAAUCCUUUUUCAACUAAUUGCUGCUCUGCUGUUGUUGUGCUUAUGUUGUUUUACUCCUCUAAGUAUGUUUAUAUAGUCUGUUUCUCACUAUAGAUAUAUAAAAGUGCUUUUUUUUUUUUUUUUUUGGAUGAUGGUUUUGGCUAAGACAAGUUGUUUUCUUUGCUAAUGACUCACCUUCACAGGCAACUCCCUACCUUCUGCCUGAUGUAGUCUAAACUACCACAAAGACUCAACAACAGGGCACUUUCCUGAUACCUCAGACAUUUCAGUAACAGAUUCCCUUUUAAGGGCCUGUGAGAUCAGACUUCUCUGAUUGGCCAGGUCUGGAAUCCCUGAUUAGCUGGACUCUUUUAGUGCUGGGGGCAACAAGGGGGAAUCCUCUUUGGGAGCCCCAAAGUAAGUUGAAUGUGAGAGUUAGAUAAGACUAAUAUGACACGCCCUGCAGAUUCUAACAGGGUUUCCCACUUGCUGCUGUGCUGUAAGCAAAUCUACGUCAUUACCACCUUGAGCCAGAGAGUCUUAAUAGACUGCCAGUCUAAUCUCAGCUCUUCCUCGUCUACUCCAACGUAGGGUAAUUUAUCUCUGGUGCUACGCCUUUCCAUGUCUGCCUGUGUUUGGCCUUGUAGAGCCACGAGCAACAAUCUGUACCUGUAAAGCAGCCUGUUUGCAGCACGGAGACAUGUAUUGAUCCAUAGCAGUCAGCACCAUGCGGUGUGCAGCGGUACGGUUCAGUUCGGGGGAGAUGGCGUGAACUUCACACUACACUGCAAAAAAGCCAACUUGUAUUUUUAAUUUAAUUUGGCAAAACAUGGAAAUAUAAAUUAUUGACAUUUAGGGCAAUAAUGUAAGUUAGCACAACAAAGGAAGCCAGUUGUCUGCUCAAAAACAAGUUGGUGAGUUGUUGUUACUUAUAUCUUUAAGUUGGGGUUCACAACAAGGGACAAUAGUUCUGAUAACUCUUAUUUCUUUGUUGUGAAAUUCAGUCAUUAGCGAAAGCUAGCGGCUAGCUAAUGCUAGCGGCUAAUUGAUGCUAGCGGCGCUACUUGUUACAGCUACAAGAGUAGCCAUUAGCAUAUCAAUGCUAACUCAAAAUUGUUCAUAGUGGCGUUACAAUCGUGCCAGAGAAAUUCAGAGUUGAGCAAACUCAAAAACAAAACUUUAUAUUUAGUUUAAUUGUCCAACUUAAAAUUUAACCGAAAUUUUGAGUUCACCCAACUUUUCUUUUUUUGCAGUGUACCUGUGCUGUCACGAAUGCCAUUAUUCCCAGAAUGUCGCAGAGCUUGUUAUUGAGUUGAGAGAAAAAGAGAUUUUUUAAAAAUUGUUGCAGUGUAAUGACGCAUUUCAGAAAUGAUAAAUUGCUGUUAAAUGGUAUUGACUUUCAUAGUAUGUUGAUGGUCGUGAUGGUGGUACAAUGACUUUAUGCAUUAUAUAGUAGUUACCUCAACUUCAAUAUGACUGGAAUAAGUUACAAUAAGACCUGUAUGUUUUGUACUUGUGAAAAAAAAAAUGUUUUGGUACAAUCCUGAAAAUAAGAUUUUAUGUUAUGUCCUUAACAUUUUCAAUCCCCACACAUAUGAAUCAGAUUUCCUCUUCCUCUGGCUGCAUAUGAGUAUUGUGAAUGGAUUUUCAAGGUGUAUUAAUAUUUUUUAAUUGUAAUUUUCUUUAUCAAACAUUGUCAAAGGUAUUGUACAUUCACCAUUAUCCUCUGAUAAUGACUGAGGGAUUAUUUAAGAAGAAUUGCCAAUGUUAGGUUUGACAUGUAAUAUUUCAAAAACACUAUAAAGUGCCUUUUUGUAGUCCUGAGUUUCAGAACACUAAUGCUGACAUGUGCUUGUCAACGCCUUGCCUUACAUUGUGGUGAGUCAGUCAUUGCAUGCCAAUGAGGCAUAGGCCUAUGAAAUUAAUAAAUAUUGUAAUUAAUGUAUAAACUGUUUUUCUAAAAAUAAAGCUGGAAAUCUGUCACUCACUGUUA